AUGGCGGGUGGUAAAGACGACGACGAGUGGGAAGAAGAGGAGUCUCUAGUAUUGGUCGAGCUAUCUGGGGUCAUUGAUCAUGACAUGAUUACAUCCUCAGACCCCUCAAAGUGUAACAUAUUGGGUGCAGACACAGAUAGCCCUCUUCUGCAGCUGGACCGGUGUGUGUUUGUAGGGGAAUAUCAGGAGGCUGUGGGAACACUGCUGCUCUUUGAAGAAACAUCAGAUUCUCAAUUGUCUUCUUCUGGAGAAGCAAAAGCCUUAAAGUAUGCUGGGAAAACCGUCAAACAACUUUCCAUGAAAAGGGCAUUUGUUUCAGAAAAAGGAGACUUACAGUUUGAUGAAGAAAACUUGAGUUUUGAAAAUCAGUCCUCUUCAGGAAUUUCAUUAGGUGAAGACGAGUCUCAAAUCUCCUCAACCAGCCAACCAGAAAAGGGUACAGUUGUGAAGGAACAGACUGGUGCCAUGGAUUUGCCACCAUGA